AUAUAUAAAAAAAAAAAAAAACAUAAUAAGUCCAAUGCAGAGGCAAACAGGUGACGCUACGUUCCCUACAAAAUCUGUUACUCUUCUCCAAUAGUAUUACGAUUUACCAAAAUCAGCCAUAGCCAUAGCCCACCACAAACACAAGAAAACAAACAGAUUCUUUCCAUUAAUAAAUAUAGAAAUCAGAAGGAUCCAUUGGAACAUACAUCCAUAUAUAUAUAUAUAGAUAUACAUAUGGACACAUAUAUAUAAUAGAAGAAUAAAAUCAUGCCAUCAGGUGCCAAGAAGCGAAAAGCUGCAAAGAAAAAGAAGAAAUUGGGAGGAAAUAAUAACGCUCAAUCAUCCAAGUCUGCUACUGUUACUAAUUCUCACUCUCAUGGUGAGGAGGAUUUAAGACCCGGUGAUAAUAAAGAGACCGAUGGUGGGGAGGUUAGUCACCUUGCAUCUCAAGAUCACCAAUUGGAAAUUUCACAUAGUAAAUCGUCCAUUGAUGAGAACAAAUCAAAUGCCGUGAAAAAUGGAGACAAGAAAGCGAAAUUAGUAGCAAAAGGAGACGGAGGUAGCAUUCAGGUCGAAAGAGAAUCGAAGCUUGAGGGUGAAUCUACGAGCCAUAACAAUAACAUUGAGCAUGCGGGACCCGUGAGAUUCCCUCAUGAAGGCGGCUUACGAAGGAGGUCAAGUAGCAGCAGCAAGCCUGCUAUGUCGGAGGACAUAGUUCAAGUGGCCACAAGCGCUUCAGACAUUGAUGCGUUGACCUUACAUCCCAUCGGGUCAUCCAAGCAGGAAAAUGAGAAGAGAAAAUUGGGUGUUAUGGAUGAGAAAACCAGAGCUUCAGACGUUUUUGUGAGUACGGGAUUAAAGAAAAGGGACGGUGAAGCUGUAGCAACUUCAGAUGCAAAGCCCUCCGUGGAUCUAAAAGAUGACGACAAACUAGAGCUUUCGUACGAUGCGCCUACAGUUGAUGCCAGCGUUCAUGGAGGUGACAUCAACGGUUCUCCCCAUGACCAUCAGCCACCAAUAGCUUUGGGUCCACGACCAGCGCAAACUACUUCCUGGAAGAGUUGCUGUGGCUUGUUUGAGCUGUUUGCAGGAUCAAAUAAAUAACUUCAGAUGAGAGAAUGAAGGUCGAGCAAACAAGCAACUUCUCGGAGUCUUUUAGUGAAUAUAUAGAAGUUUAUGAUAGUGUUCAUCUUCUUGAACAAUCACGAGUUAGAAGCAUCGUCUUGCAAACUUAUAUUUCUGUUAUUCUCGUUUGAAAAGCAGCUCGGCGCUCCUUGUUUUUUUGCACUGAUUUCCUGGUUUUCUGCAGUUUGCUUAUUGGCAUUUCGAAGGAGGGUUGUUUCUUUAGUUGCGUAGGAAACUUAAAAUUAGAUUUGGCCAGCACAUAUUUUUUACAAUUCAUUGGUUUAGCUGAACAUAUGCUUCCAAAAUAUAUUAUUCAGCAGUUACCCUUUUCAUAA